UACUUGCUCAUUUAAUCGAAACCGCUCACGAUCAAUAUGUUGCAUUUUACAUCAACCAGAAGCAGUUGUUGGCAUCUUUUCUUAAAGUGUUUCUUGUUGGUUUUCAUUGGUAGUACUUGAGAUAUUAAUGUAAUAUUACUAUUGGUUUUAAUUAGGAAGCACAUGUUUGAGCGUACUGGGAUGCGCGCAUCGUAUUGUGAUAAUGGAGGCACAUCGAGUUAUCUUCCUAACCGCACUGGUUUUCACUGUUGUGCUCAGUUGUAUCCAAUGGCGGGCGUGUACGGAAGCCACGUUUAACUGGUCACACCCGGAGUCGCAUUUUAUCUUCAGCGACCAGCUCGGUCCGUGGCGGAGACUGCGGCUCUAUCAGGUGAGCAUGUAUAAACUUAUGCGAGAAAAGCAGAACCGCACCAUCCAGAGCCAAUUAGCCAAGUUGCCCGAGUACAACAAGUUUCAACGACAGAGGGUGCUCUAUGGAUUCGGCAUCGGCAAGCGCUCCAGCCUACAGUCCGCACACUUGACGCCAGCACAACGUUAUCCUUUCCCAGCAAACGAUCCUACGUUUUCCGCUCCAAAACGCACAGUAAAUGCGAACUCUUGGAUUCUUCGAAUGGCGAUGAACGUAUAAUGGAGGAGAAAAGGCGGCCAAGACGAGCUCGAAUUGUUUGGUUUACGUUUACAAGCGGCAGUGUAUGCGUUAAGUAAUGUGGUGACCUUGUCUGCCUGAAACUGUGCGUACAGUGCUUGUUGUCAGUUUUCGCGUGGUAUGGCAAAUCUAAUCGUUCUGUUACGUACGUACGACUGUCUAUUGGCUUACGUUUUUGUAGGAUCUGAUCCAAACACUAUGGAAAUAUUUUUUACAAUAUGUAUACAUGACAUAACUGAGGCGUGCGUAUCGAAUUAAUUAUGU